CGCUGCGCUGCACAGCAGCUGCACGCGCUCACUUCCAGUGUUUGACAAAACCUCCCCAUUUAGACAGACAGAGCGGAGCGGAGCGAGCUGAACGUGUGCGGCGGUAAUGGCUGCCAGGGAGAGGGAGGAAGACAACAAAUGAACCCCCGGGAAACGAGCCAAAGUGAGGACUAGGAUGGUAAGCAGUCAGCCGAAGUACGAGCUGAUCCAGGAGGUGGGGCGCGGCAGUUACGGCGUGGUUUAUGAGGCAGUGGUGAAACGUACGGGGGCCCGUGUGGCCGUGAAGAAGAUCCGCUGCCACUCUCCAGAGAAUGUGGAACUGGCCCUGCGGGAGUUCUGGGCCCUCAGCAGCAUCCAAAGCCAGCACCCGAACGUCAUCCACCUGGAGGAGUGUAUCCUGCAGCGGGACCAGCUGGCCCAGAGAAUGAACCAUGGUUCCAGCUCCCCGCUCUACCUGGAGCUGGUGGAGACUUCUCUUAAAGGCGAGAUCACCUUUGACCCCUGCUGUGCCUACUACUUGUGGUUCGUCAUGGACUUCUGUGACGGGGGUGACAUGAACGCCUACCUUCUGUCCCGCAAGCCCAGUCGCAAGACCAACACCAGCUUCAUGCUGCAGCUGGGCAGCGCCUUGGCCUUCCUGCACCGCAACCAGAUCAUACACCGCGACCUCAAACCGGACAACAUCCUCAUCUCCCAGGCCUGCACGCCGACCGGCUCAUCCGAGCCCACACUAAAGGUGGCCGACUUCGGCCUGAGCAAAGUCUGCUCCACCUCUGGGCUCAACCCAGAGGAGCCGGCCAGUGUCAACAAGUGCUUCCUGUCCACGGCUUGUGGAACAGACUUCUACAUGGCCCCAGAGGUUUGGGAGGGUCACUACACGGCCAAGGCGGAUAUCUUUGCCCUGGGGGUGAUUAUCUGGGCCAUGGUGGAGCGCAUCACGUUUGUGGAUGUGGAAACUCAGAAGGAGCUGCUGGGGAGCUACGUGCAGCAGGGCACAGAGAUUGUACCUCUAGGCGAGGCCCUGCUGGAGAACCCAAAGAUGGAGCUGCUAAUCCCCGCCAGGAAAAAGAGCAUGAACAGCCACAUGAAGCAGCUGAUCAGGGAGAUGUUGUCGGCCAACCCUCAGGAACGGCCCGACGCCUUUGAACUGGAGCUCAGACUGGUCCGUAUUGCCUGCAGAGAGCUGGACUGGGACACGUGAUGGACAGGGCGGCGGCGCCACAGACUCAGCCGAUGAAGCACAUGUAGACAUCUCAUCUGCUACUGUUGACCUCGAUGGUUGCAUCAUGUUUUGUAACAAGGGAACAAUAACUAGAGUAGUCAUUCUUUGUGUCAUGGCUUAAAACCUCAUCCACUUUCCAAGUGCAUACACUCUUCACUAGUUAGUUUUGUUUUCAUAAUGAAGAGGAGAAAUGUGACAACUUCUGCUGCUCCUCACUGCAGCCAAUGCUCAGGCUAAUCACAUCACAGCUUCCCCUUUUCCUCACAGAAUCACUGGAGCGUGAGCAGAGAGCAGGACGACCCCAAACGUCCUAUUAUAAAGUUGAAAGUCUCACAGCGCUCUUCCAUUAUACUCUUCUAGCACUACUUGGCUCGACUCGUUUUUUGCUUUUCCAUCAGUGAGGGUACCUGGUGCUUUUUUUUUUUAUGGGACCUGCUCUGAAAAAAUCCUGAAAAUGUCUUAACCACCAAUUUAGCAAGGACAUUUCUAAAAUGUAUUUAACAGGAGUCUGGUGUAUUUAGUGACAUCACCGCCGAAUCACAACCCGUUCAGCCGUAUUUCAGUUCAGUGACUGUGUCAGACGGAGUCUGUGCUCCGGUCAUGCAUGAAGUACUGAACCAUUCUGUGAGCAAAUCUUUUUAUUUAAGCUUGAUGAUUCAGUUACACCGAAAACGACUGCUUUGACUAGUUUGUGUCACUUCUAAAACAACGUCACAACAGUCUUGUGCAGCCGUGCUGUGAAGACCCCGUCCUCGUUGAGGAGGUGCUAUGAACGACGUGACUGAUACCAAGCCGAGUAGAGCCGAGUAGUGCUAGAACUGUGUAAUGGGAAAGCGCCAUACAGGUUUGUCUACACAUACCCUCCUGGACUCGGUGCUAAGUCGUAACACAUGCAAUAUGAGACACAAUCCUGUGAUUUUUACAGUCUACCUUUAUCCAAAGGGACAAUAUUUAAACCUCAGUGUGUAGAAUGUUGUGAAGCCACUCGCGGCUGUGACAGCUCUUGACUCUCAGAGGGAUUUCUGCACUGGUCAACUCCACCAGCAUCCACACUUGUGUCCAGAUCCGACUCUGUUUUGGCAUCAAAUGCAGAUAUGCACUGAAUGCUCAGGUAAAAACAAACACAACAGCGUGAUGGUAUUUGUAGACAAACUUGGCACGGACGGGGUCAGUCCUGCUCUGUGGUCUUUGAGUGGAAGAAUAUACUCAACUACAGUGGAGGAAAAUAACUUGUUUUUUUUCCGUUGGUCAUGUUGGGUGGAGGACGUUUUAUCAGUCAGCGUCCGUCCUGCAAGUCCUUCUCGUGGCAUUUGUACUCGGUCCCCGAUGCAAACUCUAAGAUAAGUGGAUUAGUCUGAGACACACCCUUAACCACUAGAAUGUAUGAUGGUUAAAGACCUUUGGCUGUAGAGAGCCUUAAAAUAAAAGAGAACAGUCAAAUGAGAGAUUGUUGUGAGAACGAGAGCCAAGCUUAGAAAUCUUUCACUGAUUCAGCGAGCUCAUGUUCAGGCUUUAUUUUCAUGGUUUUGGUCAUUGCUCCCAUUCAUGAUGACGAUACUUGGGUUAUUUUUGCUGAAUGUAUAAACUACAAAUUUAAAAUGUUAACUAAAGUAGGGCUGCAAUCAUAAAUCGAUACUAAAUUAAGUCAACUUUAUUUAACUGUUUUUUCAGUUGUUUAAAUGUGAAUAUUUUCUAGUUUCUUUGCGCUAUAUAACAAAAAGGGUUAAAAAAGGUUUGGGAAACAGAAUUUCUAAUAUUUUAUGGACAAAAUAAUUAAUCGAUUAAUGGUGAAAAUAAUCAAACGACCAAUAGAUUAUGAAGGUAAUCAUUAGUUGCAGCCCUAAGCGAAAUAACAUUUCAGACUAAAUGGCGUGUAGUGACAAAUAUACACAGAAACCUCUGCAUUACACGAUAAGAAAAAACCCUCAGCCUUUAGUUGGGAUAUUUCUCUAAUGUGACCCUCAUAUGAUUCUGAAUGUGUUUGUGUUUUGUUGGAACAAAACAAGGCUUUUAUUGACUGCCAGUGAGUCGAGUAUUGAAAGUGAAACUUAACGCAAACUUGGACACAACAACACAACAUGAAGGCUUAAUUUAUGCUCAUAUAGAAGCAUUUUGCACAAUGUACAGAGCUUUUUCACAGCUUUUCUAAAAGCUUAAUUCUGUGUGGUAUGUGCUCCAUAAGCCUUCUCUUAAAUAUCAUGAUUAUGUGGUAACACGUGACCUCAGAGCUUACAUUUCUUGUUUGCAGCAGGUGGAACGCAAACAUUCCCUGCAGUUGAGACAAUUUCGUAAUUUCGUAAAGCGACAGAUGAUGAAAAAAGCAGCCUUUUUAAAUCGCUCCCCUUCCAGCACCAAGGUUCAUAGAGAAAAUCCACAAUUUUACAUUGUGCCUCACAGGACCUGUUCAUCCACUGCUGCCGCCAUCACUGAGUUUACUCUCCAUGUCCCUGAAGGUUAAUGCAAUUAGAUCUUAUCUGAUCCACAACUAUGAAAAUAAAGCCCAAAUCACAGUAAAUAAUAUCAAAAAUAACAAACGGACAAGUUUCUAUGUUGCCUGAACAUAAAUUGAAUUAUCUGAAAAGGUGAGCUGCUUAAUUUAAAAAGGAGCAGUGACAUGAAUUUUCACUUCUGAGGCCAUUUAUACGUGACAGCACUUUGAUUGUGGGGUUUUAUAUUUAGUCCCACUAAGUACAGUCGUAUGGAGGAGCACCGUGAGGCUGGUCUGGUUGUGAUAACCGCGUUGCUAUUUGUUUAUCUCACUAACACAAUAUCAGCCAACAGUCUACUUAUGCGUGCGGCGUCUCUCACCUUCAGGGAAGAAACGAUCGCACAAUCCUCCACGGGCCAAAUCAUCCCAUUUUCUUUCAUUUUUUUAUUUAUUUAUUUCCUUCUUUGACACACAAUACAGUUGUGUUUAACUUGAUCUCCUUUGACUGUGUCACUGCUCCUGGUUUCCUCAGGCUCUGGAUCUUACAGUAAUCCCUUUCUUCAUGCUUCCGACAGGCUAAUUCUAAGCCUAUUAAGUUGUUGCAGCACUUGGCAGAGGAUCAGGCCAUGGACUCGCUUUUUCUUUUUUCUUUCUUUUUUUUGGUUGCCUUUCAGUUCGUACAUAAAUUGUGCACUUUUGCAAAUUUGAGAAACACCAGAAAAACCAAACAAUCUUGGCUUCUUGGCUGCACUCAAACUCUGGCAGAAGAUCAAAUUUCCCUGGACUCGUUGCCAACAUGUGUCUGAAAUACCUCCUUAAAUUCUCCCUGUGGCUGUAAUCGUUUUUAUUUCCUGUCAUGAUGCGAUUAGGAUUUGCCUUAUUUCACAGAAAGUCGAUGCUUUCUUUUUGACACUAGAGUGGCCUCGUGGAUGUCGCGCUCCAAAACACAAAAUUGGCAGAGGUUGUAUUUGAGACACCCCCCCCCCCCCAUGUUUUACCGACUCGACAAAGUACUUUGAAACCACAAAUUUCAAAAAACACUUGCCUUUAUUACAGGACGUCUACGCUGCUGUUCAGCUUCAAGAAUGUUUGCAUUUGUGGCUUCUUUUCUUUUUCUUAAUACGUGAGCAGCAAAGUUUGGACUUAAAGUAGGUCACCCAUAUCCUCAGAGCAGAGCAUGAUGGGUAGAGCCACUUCCAGCUAGAACUCUACCUUGUACCGUUUCGAACCAGAAGGGUGGGCACUUGGUUUCUUUUUGAGGUUUGCCAAACAAAUACUACGUCUCUGGUUUCAUGAGAUUUCACCCUUUUUUGAUUUUUGUUGAAUUAUUGAAUCAUUUUGCACAUGUGUAAAUACUGUAUAGGACGAACAAGGCUUGAUGUACAUUGAUUUUUGAGUGGACUUGCUCUGUUUUUAAGAGCGCGACUCGUUUGUAAAUUGCUGUGAUGGAUUCAGUUUUCCUUCCGCUCGUCAUCGCCGCGCUUCAGUUUUACGUCAAUCAUCGGAAAGAUGUGAUCUGUUCACAGGGUAAAUGUCAAGUGUGCUAGUGAUAACUGUGUGUUUUGCAUUUGGACUAUUGUUUGUGGUUUUUGUGUAAGCUAAGUUAAGCUGGUAUUCAUCUUGUCUGGUACUGGACUAUCAGGAAAUGGAACUGGAUUCUUCAUUUAAAACCCACCUCUGUAUGUAAGACCUGAUCCAGGACCGUCAUACAAUGAACCUGGCACUUGGACAUUUCAGUCACUGUGUGGCUCAUUAAGUUUGUUACAUUAAAAAUGUUGAAAAUAAGAACUCCA